AUGUCCACCAAAUUGAAAGAAGAUUAUUGCGGAGCAUGCGGUAGCUCACCACCAUCACCUAGUAAAAGAUUAAAAAUAAAAUGUGCUUACUGUAAACAAGACUAUCACAUUCAAUGUGUGAACAUAAAAAUCGAAACAUACAAGGAUCUAAGCAGAGUUGCAAGAACCUCAUGGAAAUGUUCCACUACAAGAAACUGUAUAAACGUUACCACUCGCCGCAAAGGGGACGACACUAAUACCCCGGUGUCAGCUCGUCGUCCUACGACGCUUGAUGACUCCACUAUGUCGAUAGACAAAAUGACCCAUGUAGAUACAUCUAGCUCUGGUAGCCGUAUUCAAGAGCCUGUAACCAUCACUGGCAACCUUACAGUUAAUAACAAAGCCGAACUUCUUGACUCAAAAUUGAAAAGUUUUAGGGAGACUUUCUUCUCUGACAUGAAGUCAUUCAUCAGAAGUGAAAUAAAUGCUGCUAUUGAAAAAACAAAACAAGAAUUCACUGAAACGACAGAUUUUUUGCAAGAUAUAAAAGCUUCCCUAUCUGUUGUUGAAACCCACAUCAGCGAGCUAGAGAAAGAAAAUUGCAAUUAUCUGAAAAAUAUCACGUCUUUGCAGAAUCGCUUGGAGUCUAUGGAAAAAGUUUCGCGAAGCCGCAAUGUUGAAAUACAGGCCGUCCCUGAAAAACGUAAUGAAAACGUACUUGCAAUAAUAGAAAACCUUUAUAAGACCGUAAGCUUACAAAUCAAUGACGAUGAAAUCAGCGCGUGUCGUAGAGUUGCUAAGUUACCAUCUACUUCUGCAAGCCGUCCACGCAAUAUUCUAGUGCGCCUUCCAACUAUUCGUCACAGCGACAAUUUAAUUUCAGCAGUGAAACGUUUUAACAAAGCCAACCCAAAGGAUCGGAUUAGUUCAGUGCAUCUUGGUGUAGCUAGGGAAAGAUCCUUGAUAUACGUAACCGAGCACCUGUCACCCGAGUGCAAGAAACUCCACUCGGCUACUCGAAUAACACUACGGGAUCAAUACAAAUACAUAUGGGUUAAAUAUGGCAAUGUAUACAUCAGAAAAGAUGAUCGGUUAUACAUGUAA